GUGUCCGGUGGGGAGCAGCGGGGUUCGUCGCGGUGUGCGCGCUCGCCGAGGGGACGCUGUGAGGUCGACAGUGAGAAGCUGAGAAAUGGCUAAAUCGUCCCAGUUACUUGACAAUGAAGCCUUGCGGGCUUACGCUACUUAUGCAACUAUUGUUCUUCUGAAGAUGAUGCUAAUGAGUCUUAUAACAGCAUACUUCAGAAUCACAAGAAAGGCAUUUGUCAACCCAGAAGACGCAGCAUCAUUUGGAAAAGGUGAGGGUGCUAAAAAAUACCUGCGGACGGAUCAGGAUGUCGAACGUGCGCGCAGAGGCCACCUGAAUGACCUUGAAAAUAUUGUCCCAUUUCUUGGCAUUGGACUGCUGUAUGCUCUUAGUGGCCCUGAGCUGUCUACAGCCUUGAUGCAUUUCAGGAUCUUUGCUGGGUCUAGGAUUUUCCACACUUUGGCAUACUUGAUUCCUCUUCCUCAGCCUGGCAGGGGUUUGUCUUGGGCAGCUGGGUAUGCAGUGACCAUCUCUAUGGCAUACAAAGUGCUGAAGACGGUGUUGUACCUGUAGCAGAGCUGUAGCUUCUGUCUGCCAUUCGACAUUCCAUGCAAAGUUUCCAGCAGCGUGUAUUGAUGUCUUGAACAAACCAGCAUGAGUAUUCCAUGGUGACUGGAAUUAAUUUUGUAACAGAGGCUUUUUAUUCCUGUUCAGAAAUACUGCUUUUUGGAGUAAAAAUAAUAAAAUCAAAUCCUUCCUCCUGUGUUCCCUGUCCAUGGGUCGUGCUGCCAAAAUAUUAGAUUGAAUGUUGCCUUUGCCAUUUGUCAAGUGCUUACAAUUCUAAACAUGUGAUGAUGCUGUAUUGAUAGCAUGUGUGGUAAUUUUCUAGAGAUGCUCUAUUUUUGGCUGUAGCUCUGAAGUCCAAAUCAAUAAAGACAAGAAGGAAAAAAAGAAAGCGUAUUUGUAUUUUUGUUUUCAUUUUGACUCUUCUCACUGCAGCCAGCAAAUAGCAUGUCACUGUGGAUCAGGGAGAGAUUCCAAUCAUACAGUUCUUUGAAGAAUGCUUACCUUAAUAAUAAGAUAUAACCAGUAAUGCUAGGCUUGUUGUAAAAAAUCUUUGAUGAAAUUGUUGUUUGGAUAAUGUACUUUGGGAUUAAAAAAAAACCCAAUCCGUUGCAGCUCUGUUUCUGUCAGCUGAAUAGAUUAAAAAAGAAACAAAAUAGUUGGGCUAAACUCUCUUUCGUGAUGCUGGUGAAAAUUUGAAGUCAUUCUUUUUGUG